AUGCUCAUUUACUACCUCGCAGGGAACUCGCAAUCACCAAGCUUGGCCAAUUUUGCGGACGCCAGAAAUCAGAUACAGCACGCCCUCCUCUCGCUACCACAAGGUGAUCAGCUAGACGCCACCAUUGUGCCUGGCUUCACUACAAUCUCAACGACUGAAUACGAAUUAAUGCGUAUCAGCCUGCUUCUCUACAGCUUCAUCGUCAUUUUCCCUAUUCCAUUUCGUUUUGGACCGUUCGUUCGGCUGCGAGUGCUGUUACGCGGCGUACUGACGAAACCGGACACGUACCGCCGACUCCCCAAAGCAGUUAUUCUAUGGUCCCUAACCAUUGGUCGUAUUAUUCCAGCACAUGAGGACAAGGACUGGUUUGAGAAAAAGCUCAUUGAAGCUAUGUCAUGGACGAAAGUCAGCAGCGUUGAGGAGCUGAAAGUGAUUCUCAAGUCUAUCAUGUGGCAAGAUGACGUUCUAGAUCCAUUCUUGGGAAAAACUUGGCCGAUUUCCGGGGCAGCAGAGUGA